AUGGGAGACACACAGCACUAUUAUCACUGCGAAGAUGUCAACUACCCAUGUAAAUUAGUCACAGAAGAUAUUCGUCGCACAUUUCAUAUGGCUAGAAAUAACUCUUUUCCUGCAGGAUUCAAGCCAAAUCAAACUCUCCUAGAAGCCCAGCAAACAACAUAUGAGAUAGAAAGUAGGUACUCCAAUAGGGUCCAGAAGGAAUCUAUAGUCAAGUUCAUAAAUGAUCAAAUUGGAAAACCAUCAGCACUCAUAAUUAAUGGCGAUAUCACUCAGAACGGAUGGCAGGAUGAGUUGGAGGAGUUCCACACAAACUGGCUUACCAACAUAUCUAUCCCCAUAUUGCUAGGUUUGGGGAAUCACGACUAUCAGAACAAUCUCAAAACAUGCAAAAAUUGCACUCACUCCAUGUUGCAGUGGUACACUUCCUAUCUAGAGAAAAUGUCCCUAAACUCCGAUGUUCAUAAAACUAAAAACAAAUCCGAGACAAUUGUAGCUGGCAGCAUGUCUUGGACAAAGAAAAUGUGCUCCGCAAAUGCAAAAACAUGUGCUCAUGUUUUGCAACUCAACAAUAAACUGGACUAUGAACUAGAUUUUGCGUUUGGUUCUGUGCACUGGAACAUCUCUUCUCCAAGAAGAUAUCUUCUGAAUGAAUUGAAUAGACUACAUAACACGACUCUUCCAAUUUUGGUGAAUAUUCAUCAACUGAAUGGGUUGGAUCAGCCGAAAAUGAAAAAGCUGCUUGCGAAACGGGUUUUUGAGGAAUCUGUAACAAAUCCAGAGAAAGUUCCAAAGAUUGCCGUGUUCAAUGCUCACUGGCAUGAGAGUCAUAAUGCCACAAUAGAGUGUAUUCAUGGAUACAAGGUUCCCUUCAUCUUCGUAGGAAGUGUUCCUAGGAACAGGUUUUCCUUCCUUCAAAUGGAUCAGAAUGAAGCAACGAUAACCGGUUACGAAGCAAUCGAUAUGACUCUAAGCAAGGGUGCCGGAUUCAGAAAGUUGGAAAGUGUGAAAUUGUUCGGAAAAUGCGAGAUAACAGUGAGACUGCAGUUUGGGGAAGUUUCCUCAAAUGAACCAACUCAUUUAGCUUCUCUAUUGGAGCCUUAG